GGCAUCAGUACCAGAUUUUCGGUACCACAAAUACAGAAAAAGUACCGGUACCAAUACCAACAUCGUUUUUAUAAUAGAAAGUGGACAAGCUAUAAAUUGACCAGGCUCAUAAGCUUACUCUUCUACAACACUCUCAUAGCACUUGACAAUUAGCUUUCGUUGACUCUUUUUAUAUAAUCACCGGAAAAUCAUCAUUCUACAUAGAACAUGGCGGAGAAGAGUAAGAUUCUGAUCAUCGGAGGAACCGGCUACAUCGGUAAAUUCAUAGUCGAAGCUAGCGCUAACAUGGGUCAUCCUACUUUCGUCCUCGUUAGGGAAUCCACGCUCUCCGAUCCUUCCAAAUCUUCAGUGAUCGACUGUUUUAAGAAAGCCGGCAUUAAUAUCAUCACUGGCGAUUUGCAUGAUCACGAGAGGCUGAUCACGGCGAUAAAGCAGGUAGAUGUGGUGAUCUCGGCAGUAGGAGUGAGUCAAACACAACUUGCUGAUCAAGUCAAAAUCAUUGCUGCCAUAAAAGAAGCUGGUAAUAUCAAGAAAUUUUAUCCAUCCGAGUUUGGAAACGAUGUGGAUCGUUCACACGCCGUGGAACCUGCCAAAACGUUAUUCGCAACCAAGGCUCAGGUUCGCCGAGCCAUUGAGGCUGAAAACAUACCUUAUACAUAUAUUAGUUCCAACUGUUUUGCGGGUUAUUUGCUUCCAACAUUGGCUCAGUCUGGGGUCACCGCUCCCCCAAGGGACAAAGUCGUUAGCUUAGGUGAUGGAAACGCGAAAGCUGUUUUCAAUGAGGAACAUGACAUUGCAACCUACACCAUUAAAACCGUUGAUGACCCAAGAACCGUCAACAAAAGUGUCUACAUAAACCCUCCGGGUAACAUAUACUCGUUCAACGAACUCGUGUCGUUGUGGGAGAAAAAGAUUGGCAAAACAUUGGAGAAGGUCUAUCUAUCUGAAGAUCAAGUAUUGAAAAACAUAGAGGAAUCUCCUCUUCCACACAGCUUAAUCAUGUCAAUCUCGCACACGGUCUUUGUAAAGGGCGAUCAAACAAACUUUGAGAUUGAACCAUCAUUCGGAGUGGAGGCUUCGGAGCUUUAUCCCGAUGUUAAAUAUACUACAGUUGAUGAGUAUCUAAGUCGUUUCGUUUGAAAUAUUUUCUCUAAAGAAUGUGUGACACAUUUACCAUAAUGAGCCCAUUGAUGAUGGGCCUGCAACAACAACAACAACAAUAAUAUUGUGUAACAUUGUAUAACAUUGUAUAAUAUUGUAUAAUAGGAGUAUUACUUGAAAUCCCAAUUAUUCUACCUUUUCAUUGAUAUCA